CUCUACAAAAGCUGCUCAGACUUCAAAAAUCCGCAACAUCUCUGAAGAUACCAAACCACCAAUCCUCUGUCAGCUUUUUUGCUGGCAAUAUGAGCUCUCCGUCGAUCGCCUCAGAGCCGAAGGCUUCGGUUACGAAGAUGAAUUCUAAAACCAGUGACAAGACUGAAGUGGUCAACGGGGAAAUUCUACACGUUCCCGACCAUUUGCAACGACAUCUUACUCCACGCCAGGUUCAGUUCGUAGCCAUCGGUGGCUCCAUUGGGACUGCACUGUUUGUGAGCAUUGGAUACGGACUCAUGCGGGGAGCAGCAAGUUUGCUUAUUGCAUUCGUGCUCCAUGCAUUGGCUAUUGCUCAAGUAAACAACUCGCUUGCCGAAAUGACUGUCUUCAUGCCCGUAAGCGCUGCGUUCAUCCAUCACGCCAGCGCCUGGGUUGACGACGCGUGGGGUUUCAUGAUCGGCUGGAACUUCUUCCUCUUCGAAGCUCUUCUCAUUCCAUUUGAGAUUACGGCUUUAGACAUGGUCUUGACCUUCUGGAGGGACGACAUUCCUUCGGCUGCGGUGAUUACCGUUUGCAUUGUGCUCUACGCCCUUUGCAAUGCACUCAUGGUCAAAUACUUUGGUGAAACAGAAUUUUGGCUUGCAGGAGGGAAACUUCUACUCAUUGGAAUAUUGUUCUUCUUCACCUUCAUUACCAUGGUUGGAGGCAAUCCGCAGCAUGAUGCAUACGGAUUCCGGAAUUGGUCUAAGCCAGGCCCUUUUGUCGAGUACAUUGACAAGGGCGACUUGGGCCGCUUCCAUGGGUUCCUUGCCGCACUAUGGCAAGCUGCUUUCACUAUUGUCGGCCCCGAAUACCUGGCCACCGUUGCUGGCGAAGCGCAGCGGCCUCGCACAACCAUGAAGGCAGCCUUCAAGUCUGUGUACUGGCGAUUUGGAAUAUUCUUCAUUGGUGGUGCACUGUGUGUUGGCAUCGUCCUGCCGGCCAAUGACCCGACGCUUUUGAGCGUGUUGAGCUCAGGCGAGACGGGCACCGGAGCAGCCUCACCCUUCGUCAUUGCCAUGAAGAACAUGAACGUCGGGGUUCUGCCGCACUUGGUCAACGCUCUACUGUUGACGAGUAUCUAUUCGGCCGGAAAUGCCUAUGUCUACUGCUCCUCUCGCAGUCUUUACGGCUUGGCGUUGAACGGCCAUGCUCCGAAGUUUCUCACAAAGUGCACCGAGCAAGGUGUUCCCAUCUACUGUCUGUUUGUGGCGCUCGCCUUUGCCUGUCUUUCAUUCCUCAAGGUAGGCAGUGGCUCUGUGAAGGUUCUGACUUGGCUCACAAAUCUCAUCACUGGCGGAACUCUGGUGACUUACAUCGUUAUUUGCAUCAACUAUCUCUUCUUCUACCGAGCCUUGAAAGCUCAGGACUUCAACAGAUCUGAUCUCCCCUACCGCGGAUAUCUCCAGCCCUAUGGCACUUGGGUUGCUUUGAUUUGGCUCAUGGCGGUGGAGAUCUUCUACGGGUAUGCCAUCUUCUUACGGGGCCGGUGGGAUAUGGGAAUCUUCUUCAGCAACUACACCAUGGGAUUCCUCGCGAUCUGUCUGUUCUGCGGUUGGAAGAUCCUCAAGCGCACUAAAUUCGUCAGGCCCGAGCACGCCGAUUUGGUUUGGAUCCGGCCGGCAGUCGACGAACACGAAGCGGUGAUGGCGGGUAACGAGAAUGAGGUAAGGCUCCGCAGACGUUUAGCUCAAAUGGUGAGGGUCAAUUUGAAACUUGGCCGGGCACCCCGGAGCCCUCGGGUUUAGUCCACCACCUUUUGUUCGUGAUUACAGUACAUAUCGGGCUGCACGCUGUUCUUGACACAAUUCCGAGGUGUUGAGGUCCGGAAAUCGGACUCGGAC